UUCGCCGCGGCCGCUCUAUCGACCGAGAACGGCGAUCCCCGCAGCGACGUGAGCAGAGUGCUUGCUGGGAUCGGUUGCUCUUGCGGUCACGCCGCAAAUGUCUCGCCGAGUCCUCGUUGGCUAAGCGCAAACAGUCGAACAAGCGAGAUAAAAGCGGACGCUGAUCGGCCGAGCAAUAGAAAGAAACGAUCGAGGGAGAGAAAGAGAGAUAGAAUGGAGGAGUACCAGUGACCGGUAGUAGCAGCGCGCACACUCACCACGGCCAGACCGAAGGGUACCACUCCUCCUACUGCUCGAGGUGGCGGCCCUACGCCUCGAGUCGUUGCCGGAGGAUAAGCUAUCACUGACCCAGAGUCUCGAAAGACGAACUGCAUCUCGUAGGACGGAGAAUCGCAGUGGCCGGGCCGGGCCGCCACUACCGCGAGGAUGAGAAGCUGGCCUGCGGCGGUGUCAUCGUCGCUGCUGUUGAUGCUGCUCCUGUCGGAACGCUGCUGCACGGGCUACCCCAGCAACGGCCGUUACAAUGGCGUGGAGGACGGCUCAAAGCUUAUACGCAUCAUUGGCGACGUUAUCUUCGGUGGCUUGUUUCCCAUGCACGAGCAGGUGGUUAAUCCAAGUGGCCUGCCGCCGUGCGGUGCGGUCAAGGAGGAGAAGGGAGUGCAACGCCUCGAAGCGAUGCUCUACGCCCUCGACCAGAUAAACGCGGACAAGCAGUUGUUGCCCAACACCACCCUCGGUGCCCUCAUCCUCGACUCGUGCAGCAGCGACACCUACGCACUCGACCAGAGCAUGGAGUUCGUCAGGUCCUACAUGAAUCAGGACAUCACGGAGUACAGGUGCGAGAACAACAAGACGCCAAUCUACGAGCCGCACAAGCCCGUCACGGGUGUCAUCGGGGCAUCGUUCAGCGGCGUCUCCAUCAUGGUCGCCAACAUCCUGCGCCUGUUCAAGAUUCCACAGAUAAGCUACGCGUCGACGAGCACCGAGUUGUCGGACAAGAGCCGUUUCGAGUACUUCAGCCGGGUGGUGCCGCCGGACAAUUUCCAAGCGCAGGCUAUAGUCGAGGUCAUCCACAGACUUGGCUGGAAGUAUGUCUCUACGGUAGCCGUCGAGGGCGAAUACGGUGAAAAGGGAAUAGCGAGCUUCGUGUCGCUUUCCGCCGAGAACAACAUCUGCGUGGCGGUGAGCGAGAAAAUAAUGCGCAACGCCAAGCCCGAGGACUUUGACCGGAUAGUCGAACACCUCAGCACUAAGCGCAACGCAAGGGGCGUCGUUCUGUUCGUCGACGAGGACAACAUCAGGAAGUUGCUCCAGGCGACCAUCAAAGCCAAUAAGACCGGCCACUUUAUGUGGGUGGGUAGCGAUUCGUGGGGCGCCAAGGUGCAUCCAGUGCGUGAGCAAGAGUUCGCCGCCGAAGGCGCCAUCACCAUACUGCCCUUUCGCAACUCCCUCGAAGGUUUCGACAACUAUUAUAAAAACCUGCUGCCUCGCACGGGGGACGAGUGCGAGGGAGCACACGAGGGCAUCGUGAAGCAUCGCACACUAUCGGGCAAGUACGUGAACUGCCGGAACGUAUGGUUUCGCGAGUUUUGGUCGCAACACCACAAGUGCAGUUUCAGCUCCUACGCCGAUCCUGCCGUCCGGAGAUGCAACGGCACUGAGGAGCUCGUUGACUACAAACAGGAAGGACUCGUACCGUUUGUUGUUGACGCAGUAUACGCGAUGGCUCAUAGUGUGCACAAUCUCAUCAACGACGAGUGCGUGAACAGCGGCACUUCGAGCGGGUCUCAUCACCUAUGCGACAGCCUUAAACCAGCACCCCGGGGCCAACAGCUACUGCAGUACAUACGCAACGUCACCUUCAUCGGUCGGCAAGGCACGGAAAUUAAAUUCAACGCCGACGGCGACGCCUAUGGCUUCUACAACAUCUAUCAGUACCAGCGAGGAGACGACGGCCGCUACAAUUACACGCUCAUUGGCUCCUGGCGCGAGACCUUGAACCUCGAGAUCAACAUGACGCAGUGGGCCACGGGAGUGGGCGAGCAGCACAUCCCUCGGAGUAUCUGCAGCGACGACUGCCCGCUGGGCCAGAUCCGCAACUUUCAGGAGCCUUGCUGUUGGAGUUGCGUGGCCUGUCGCGAGGACGCCUACGUAUUCAACGACUCGUGCCGUAGAUGCGAGCCAGGCUGGGCACCCGAUGACACCAAGAGCCGCUGCAUUAAACUCACGGCUGAGGUGAUAGAAUGGACCAGCCCUUGGGCCAUCGUGCCGUUCACCUUCGCGACAAUUGGCAUCCUCGGCACCGUCUUCACUACUGCCGUCUUCAUCUGGUUCAAUCGGACGCCCGUGAUAAUGGCCUCUGGUCGGGAAUUGUGCUACGUGCUGCUGUUCGGCAUCCUGUUGUGCUAUCUGAUGAGCUUUGUGAUCCUGAGCAAGCCGACCAAGUGGAACUGCACUUUGCUGAGAAUCGGACUGGGACUGUGCCUGAGUAUGUGCUACAGUGCCAUCCUGACCAAGACCAAUCGCAUCUCGCGGAUUUUCAACCGGGGCAGGAAAAGCAUCAAGCGACCAUCGUACACCUCGCCCAAGAGCCAGAUCGCCAUAUCCGUAGGCAUCACGUCGGUGCAGCUCGUGGGGGCGAUCAUCUGGCUGAUAAUCGAGCCGCCGGACACGAGCGAGAUCUAUCCCUAUCCGCUGACCGCCGUGCUCACCUGCCGAGUGUCCACCUUCGCCCUGAUGAUGUCCCUCGUCUACAACAUGAUCCUCAUCCUCAUGUGCACGCUCUACGCCUUCAAGACUCGCAAGAUCCCGGAGAAUUUCAACGAGGCCAAGUACAUCGGCUUCACCAUGUACUCCACCUGCAUCGUCUGGCUCGCCUUCGUGCCCAUUUACUUCGGUACUAACAACGAUUACAAGAUCCAAACGGCAAGCAUGUGUAUGUGCAUCAGCAUCUCGGCGACGGUGGCGCUUGGCUGCCUAUUCACACCUAAGGUCUACAUCGUGCUGUUCCAGCCCUACAAGAACACUCGGCACAAUCAAAGCGGACAGUCGGCGACGACUUACCGACCUGGCGCCUACAGCAUGCGAUUCACGACGGCGCGCAGUCAAACGAUGCAGAGCGUCACCUCGGGAUCGCGGAGCUCGCCACCGCCGAGUGCCGGACCCACCACUACCACUGCCGCUACCUCCUCGGUGGCCAGUCAGUCGCAGCCGCUUGCCCGGCCGAAGCACGCCUCCACCAACGGAGAACCGCAACAACGCUCUCAGAUCGAGGCGCCGCCGACGACGACGACGACGACGGCAGACGACAGCUCGGUGAGCUAGGUAGCGCUCGUGCACCUGCAGCCCGUGCCGAGCGAGGACGAGCAGCAGCAGGUGCAGUCGCACGCCGUCGGCAGCCAGGACU